GUGAUGGAAUCUGGGCUGGGGCUGAGGAGAAGCCGUGGGGAGCCCAGAAGUCCCCGGGAGGAGCAGCUGCCAUCCCAGUGCCCCAGGGGAAGGCGCCGAAUACCUGCCAGGACUGCGGGCAGAGCUUCUCGGAGCGGGGCCUCCUCAUCGUGCACGUGCUGAGGACCCACCUCGGGGAGCAAACCCUGCCCUGCGGGGAGUGCGGGAAGAUCCUCUCCGGCCGGGGCAGGCUGGCGGCGCAUCAGAGGGCCCACCUGCGGGAGCGGACGUUCACCUGCGUGGCCUGCACGCGCAGCGUCGUCUACAACAAGCACCUGGUGGACAAGGUGCGCAUGGAGCUGGCCGGAGGGAAGCCCUUCAAAUGCACCAAGUGCAGCGACAGGAUCAUCCUGAUGGUGGAGCCGCCGGCGGAGCGUGGGAGGGGCUCCUUCCCCUGCCCCCACUGCCCCAAGGUCUUCCCCUAUGUCUACCUCCUGCAGCGCCACCAGCCGCUGCACGCUGGGGAGGCGUCCUUCCCCUGCGCCGAGUGCGGCAAGAGUCUCCAGCGGCGGACCACGCUCGGCAAGCACCGCCGGCGCCACGCGACCGAGCAGCCCGCCCCCUGCGCUGAGUGCAGCUGGAAGGAGCGCCGGGAGAGCCCCGCACCGGAGCAGCCGUUCCCCUGCACGCAGUGCGGGCGGCUCUUCCCCCGGCGCCGCUCCCUGGCCGCCCACCUCCGGGCCCACGCGCGCCCGCCGCUGCACCCCUGCGCCCAGUGCAGCCAGCGCUUCGGCAGCAAGCGGGCGCUGCUGGCGCACCAGCGGGCCCAUGCGCCGGACAGGCCCUGCCGGGAGUGCGGCCAGGCCUUCGGCUCCAGGGCGGCCUGGGCCGCGCACCGGCUGGAGCACGAGCGGCAGAAGCCGUUCACGUGCGCCGAGUGCGGGAAGGGCUUCAGGCGCAAGGACAGGUACACGGUGCACCAGUGGCUGCACGUGGGCCCCGCGCCCCUCGCCUGCCCCCAGUGCGGCCAACGCUUCCGCCUGCCGCUGCAGCUGGAACGGCACCAGCGCUUCCACUGGGCGCUGAGAGAGGCCAGGCUCAGGACGAGCGCGCAGGCCUGCCCGGCCGGAGAGCUGAGCCCCACGUCUGGCCCUGCCACCCCUUCCGGGUGCGAUCCUGGGCCAGGCACCUCGCCGGCCUGGCCCGUGGUGUCCCCACCUGAGAAAUAG